AUGUUUUUUGCAGCUAUUCGUAAUAGAAUUCAUUAUUAUUUUUUGUGUAGUACAAUACAUGGUUUGAAAUUUUUGGCUCAACCGAAGGGAUCUCUAUUUGAAUGGUGGUUAUGGGUAGCAAUUUGCGCAAUUUCGCUAAGCGGUUUGUGCUUAGUUUUCUCGGCGAGCAUCGUGUCGUUCACCCAGAAUGCUGUGAGCUUUACCGGGGACACAAAUUACAUAGAUUGGAACACGACGUUCCCCGCGGUCACGGUGUGCGAAGUCGUCAGCAGCGAAAAGCAAUGGGAUAUUAACGAAGAAGUCUAUGGAUCUGACAGAAACUCUUUGCUGGACGAAUAUUUUGCUGAUAUAUCAUUUUUUACCGGGAGUUGUUACAGUUGUCAAACUUCUUGUAAGGAUAUUGCUUGCCCAACUAAUUUUAGCGACAUAACGAAUUUGUACCGAGCGACCUGCAAUAAAAUGCUGCAAGAUUGUUCAUUCAAUGGAAAGAAAUUCGAUUGUUGUGAUAGAUUUCUUCCCGUGGAAACAGAAUUCGGUAUAUGUUAUUCUAUGAACUCUUUGCAUACUAGCGAUAAGGGCGCUCUAAUUUUGAGAAACAAUCGAUCCACCGGACCAGGUAAUUUAGACAUUACAAUUAAAGAAGAUGUGAAGAUUUAUUUGCAUCCACCAGAAGAUGUUGUCCAACAAAAUAGUGAACCAGAAAUUAAAGAUUUGCUAUUAUGGGGAUCAAAAUUGUUCAUACUAUUUAAGGUGACUGAAAUUUUAAAUGAUCAUGGACUAGAAAAAUUGGCAGUGUCUGAUCGUCAUUGUCGUUUUCCACACGAAGUUCCUGAAAACAUGAAAGCAUAUGAUUUUUAUAGUCAUUCAACUUGCAUAGUACAAUGUAAAAUUGAUGGUCAUUUAGAUAUUUGUAAUUGUACUCACCAUUUGAUGCCAAAAACAUAUGCUGAUCGGUAUUGCGAUUUGGACGGGUUGAUUUGCUUAUCCGAGAAUGAAGCAUUGUUCAGACACAUAAAAACCGAAGAUACCAAUAAACCGGGUCUCAAAUGUGAUUGCUUGCCAUCCUGUGAGGAACCGGAAUACACUUGGGUGCAUAGCCAGUCGAGUUUGAUCGAUGAUGCUAAUGGAACAUAUGUUACCUUGAGUAUGCAAUCUUUACCAACUCAAAAAUAUGUCAGAAAAGUAGCCAGAACAUAUAUGGAUUUAGUCGUUUCUUUAGGCAGUAGCAUGGGGUUGUUCUUCGGCGCUUCUCUAUUAAGUUUGGUUGAAUUAGCCUAUUUUUUAUGUUGUAGAAGAUGGCGACAUAUUUGCUCUUAA